UUUUAAACCUCAAACACCGAGUCUUUGGUCGUCUCAGUGUCCGUCUCCUUCCUCAUCUCCAACUCAGGAGAUCAUAGAAUCCGAAACGAACCGUUGCAGCAGCUGAUCGUCAGGCCAUGUCGAACGCCGACGUGGAGGCCGGUGGGCCGGCGGGGAGGGAGGCGACGACGGGGAUCAAGCCGCCGCCGGGGAGGUACAACCCGAGCGGCAACGGGCCGAACGCGGUGGCGCCGGCGCCGCCGCCGUUCUACUACUACGACCAAGCGGCGGCGCAGGAGCGGCACCACCGGACGUGGGUGGUGCCGCUGGUGGUGAUAGCCAACGUGGCCAUGUUCGUGGUGGUGAUGUACUACAACAACUGCCCGGCCAACGGCGGCCGCCGCGACUGCGUCGGCCGCAGCUUCCUCCGACGGCUCUCCUUCCAGCCGCUCAGGGAGAACCCCGUCCUCGGCCCCUCGGCCGCCACGCUGCGGAAGUACGGGGCGCUGGACUGGUACGGGGUGGUGCACGGCAACCAGGCGUGGCGGCUGGAGACGAGCACCUGGCUGCACGCCGGCCUCAUCCACCUCGCCGCCAACAUGAUCAGCCUCCUCAUCAUCGGCAUCCGCCUCGAGCAGCAGUUUGGAUUCUGGAAGGUCGGGCUGGUCUACCUCGUAUCCGGCUUCGGCGGGAGCGUCCUCUCCGUGCUCUUCAUCAGCAGAAAUGGCAUCACCGUCGGCGCAUCCGGCGCCCUCUUCGGCCUCCUCGGCGCCAUGCUCUCGGAGCUCAUCACCAACUGGACCAUCUACAGCAACAGAUGUGCAGCCAUGGUGAACCUGAUCAUCAUCGCCGCCAUCAACCUGGCGCUGGGUAUACUCCCCCGCGUAGACAACUUCGCGCACAUUGGGGGGUUCGCCACCGGGUUCCUCCUCGGCUUCGUGCUGCUGAUUCAGCCCCAGUUCGGAUGGUCGGAGCAGGUUUCCAGCGCCAAGUCCAAAUACAACGCGUUCCAGAUCAUUCUCCUGACUCUCUCCGUGGCCUUGUUGAUAGCAGGGUUUGCAGCUGGGUUGGUCAGUGUUUUCAAGGGAGUGGACGGCAACGCUCAUUGCAGCUGGUGCCACUACCUCACCUGCGUGCCGACAUCCAGCUGGAAAUGCGACAAAUGAACAGGAGAUCAGUGACGCAUUAGCAUGCCAUGCCUCCCACUUGUCACUGCAGGGGAGAGAAUGCCACCCUGCUUAAGAGGGAACAAUCGAGAUACAAUAGAUAUUGUUUCUGUUUGAGACCACACUGUAAAAUUUUUACGCUAUAUAGAACUUCAAUAUUGUCCAUUCUUACCUAUAUUCUUCUGUGAAGUGUUGAUCAGAAAUCUGCUUGUAUAUGCUGAACCAUGUAACCCUCUGCUCUCUUACCUGGUCAAGUAGCCAGUUCCUGUCUUAAAAAAAAA